UUUUUUUUGUAGGUUAUGUUUUUUAUUAACUAAUUUUCAAUUUUUGCCUCAAAAGCGAUAAUUUUAACAAAUUUUAAGCGCUGCAUUCACAAUUUUUUCCCUUUAUAGUUAUAGGCCGUCGACCCUCGGAUGGUAAAGGCUAUGGAAGUGCCGAGAUGCCCGUGACCGGUAUCCUGGGGGACCUUUACCGAGGAAUCACAGUUAUGCACAUAAAUUCCCGACUAAUGUCUCACCAGUGUUUGGAACUCUAUCAAUCAGAAACGAUUGAAUGUUCGUACCCUCGGGCCAGCCAAGCCUUGGUGGCUUACAUCCCUCACCAUUGGAACGAAAAAAAGCUGCUUAAACUGCGCCUGAAUUUUUUGUCCCUUUAUUUAUUGGCCUGUUUUAUCAUCUUAUCCUAUGCUAUUUCAAGAUGUUACAGGCUACCACCGUUGGACACCUCAAUCCUAUUGCUGGCCGUAAGUAUUGGCCAAGGAGUCCCGCACAACAAAAUUCGUUCUUACGGAUUGUUUUUCAUGAUGGUCUUACUGAUUUUUACGUUUCUUAAUAUGUUUUGGUCAAGUGCAAUGUCCCGGUACCUAACGGUGCCUUGCUCCGAAAAAAUAACCAAAACAAUUAAAGAAAUGGUUGACGAAGGCGCAUAUCCCAUAGCAACAUUCGAACAUUAUAAGCAUUUGCUAUCACAUGCCCUGGAACAGGACCUUUUUCUUGCCUUAAGUAAACGUUUAGUAAUAGUCCCAGAGAUCCAAGAUCAUGCGAAUAACAUCAGGGAUGCCAGAACGUGUCACAACAAGGGCUACAUCGAGCUGAAAACUUACGCAGUUCACAUGCACCGGGAGGAUUAUCUGAGCGGCAGGAAGUGCUACACCAUCCUACCGGAAGCCUUAAUGCCCGGCUGGAAAAUCUACAGUUUCUCCUUCGGAUCCCCCUUUUUACCGGAAAUGAAUAAAGUUUUAAGCUGGAUGGCCUCGGCUGGACUGGAUGAGUUUUAUUGGAGGGAAUUCCCUUUGGAUAUCGACAAGGAGUUUUACACCGCACGGUUUUACACUUUGGGGUAUCGGUUUGUCGAGGUGGCUUUUUAUAUUUUGUUUGGGGGCUGGGCGGCGGGUGCUCUCGUGUUUAUUUGUGAACAAACCAACGGUAGGUUUGUAAAAAAGUGUGUUUUAUGGUGUUCGUGUUGGUUGUAUGGUUUUGCAGCCAGAAGGUAAAUUGUAAUUUAAGUGUUGUGUUAAGAUAGUGUUCGGAGUUAAGGAGAGUUUGUUGAAAGAGAAGUGAAAUUUUAUUAUAACUUGCCUCAUUUCUCACUGAAUUUCAUGAAAAUUGAAAAAUUUUAUUAUAAAUUUUCUCAUUUACCCAAUA